AUGACUGGCACCGAUAACUCCAACCCCGGCAACUUUGCCAACCGACCCAAGGAGGAGGUCCAAGAGAUUGCUUCCAAGGGCGGAAAGUCUAGCCACUCUGGUGGUUUCGCUAGUAUGGAUGCCGACAAGCAGCGAGAAAUUGCUUCCGAGGGUGGAAAGGCCUCGUCUGGCUCUUUCGAACCCGGCAGUGAGAAGGCCAAGGAGGCUGGUCGCAAGGGUGGUCUCAGUUCUUAG